AUGGAGCCGAGCACGGGGGCCGCGGAGGAAGGGGGUCCACCCGCGCCCCGGCUCCGUCGCCGCCGUUCCCUGCGCCGCCUGCUCAGCCGCUUCCUGCUGGCGCUGGGCAGCCGCUCCCGCCCCGAGGACUCGCAGCCCUGGCCGCAGCCCCAGCCGGAACACUGCGACGGCGACGGUGAGGGGGACUUUGCCUGCGCCUGGGCCCCGGCUCCAGCCGCGCCCGGAAGCCCCGGAGGGGAGCGCCCGCCCGGACACCAGCCCCAGCUCCCCGCCGGCGAUGGGGCGCGGCCCCCGGGCGCGCAGGGUUUGAAGAACCACGGCAACACCUGUUUCAUGAACGCUGUGGUGCAGUGUCUCAGCAACACCGACCUGCUGGCCGAGUUCCUGGCGCUUGGGCGUUACCGGGCGGCGCCCGGCCGCGCCGAGGUCACCGAGCACCUGGCGGCGCUAGUGCGCGCCCUCUGGACACGCGAAUACACACCACAACUUUCCGCUGAGUUCAAGAAUGCAGUUUCCAAGUACGGUUCGCAGUUCCAAGGCAACUCCCAGCAUGACGCCCUGGAGUUCCUGCUCUGGCUGCUGGAUCGUGUGCACGAGGACUUGGAGGGCGCGUCCCGGGGGCCAGGGUCCGAGAAGCUUCAGCCUGAAGCCAGUCAAACCUCGGAGAACCACCUGUCGCCAUCGGCUCAGCUUUCGCUAGGUCAAAGCUUUGUGCAAAGCCACUUCCAAGCACAAUAUAGGUCUUCCUUGACUUGUCCCCACUGCCUGAAGCAGAGCAACACCUUCGAUCCUUUCCUGUGUGUGUCACUACCCAUCCCCUUGCGCCAGACGAGAUUCUUGAGUGUCACCUUGGUCUUCCCCUCUAAGAGCCCGCGGUUCCUGCGGGUUGGCCUGGCCGUGCCGAUCCUCAGCACAGUGGCAACCCUGAGGAGGAUGGUGGCAGAGGAAGGCGGCGUCCCUGUGGAUGAGGUGAUCUUGGUUGAACUGUAUCCCAGUGGACUCCAGCGGUCCUUCUUUGAUGAAGAGGACCUGAACGCUAUUGCCGAGGAGGACAACGUGUAUGCCUUCCAAGCCCCUCCGCCAGCUGGCCAGGAGAUACUCUCAGCUCACCCGCCUGGCCUAUCCGUCUCUCCUCGCUUGGCAGCCCGUGAGGGUCAGCGACUUCCCCUGCCUGCCCAUAGUGAGAGCAAGGUGCUCAUCCUCUUCUGUAACUUGGUGGGGUCAGGGCAGCAGGCUAGCAGGUUCGGGCCACCCUUCCUGAUACGGGAAGACAGAACCAUUUCCUGGGCCCAGCUCCAGCAGUGCAUCCUCAGUAAGGUCCGCUGUCUGAUGAAGACGGAGGCCGUGGGACAGCAGGUCAGUAACCCAGGGCCGCUGUUCUCCGUUCGGGUUGUGGGGCCGUCCCUGGCCUGUAGCUACUUGUCCCCACAGGACAGCCGGCCCCUCUGUCACUGGGCAGUUGACAGGGCUUUGCACCUCAGGAAGCCCGGAGGCCCCGCACACAUCAAACUGGCUGUCGAGUGGGACAGCUGCGUCAAAGAGCGCCUGUUCGGGAGCCUCCAGGAGGAGCGGGUCCAGGAAGCUGACAGCGUGCGGCGGGAGCAGCAGGCGCACCAGCAGCACAGCUGUACCUUGGACGAAUGCUUCCAGUUCUACACCAAGGAGGAGCAGCUGGCCCAGGACGAUGCAUGGAAGUGCCCCCACUGCAAAGCCCUGCAGCAGGGCAUGGUGAAGCUGAGUCUGUGGACCCUGCCUGACAUCCUCAUCAUCCACCUCAAAAGAUUCUGUCAGGUAGGCGAGAGAAGAAACAAGCUCUCCACGCUGGUGAAGUUUCCCCUCUGCGGCCUCAACAUGGCACCUCACGUGGCCCAGAGAAGUGCUGGCGCCAAGCCCGCGCCCGGCCCCUGGCCCCCCUGGAAGCCGCCGGCCGGCCUGCCCGCCAGCUACCCCCUGGACUUCCUGUACGACUUGUACGCCGUCUGCAACCACCAUGGCAGCCUGCAAGGUGGGCAUUACACAGCCUACUGCCGGAACUCUCUGGACGGCCAGUGGUACAGUUACGACGACAGCACUGUGGAGUCGCUUCUAGAAGAUGAGGUUAUCACCCGCGGGGCUUACAUCCUGUUUUACCAGAAACGGAACAGCAUCCCUUCCUGGUCGGCCAGCAGCUCCGUGAGAGGUUCCACCAGCUCCUCCGUAUCUGAUCACUGGCUCAUGCGGCUCGGGAGCUGUAAUGGCAGCGUGAGGGGCAGCCCGCUGUCCUGGAACUCUGCCCCCGUCCCCUCCCGGUCCCCGGUGCCCGACCAUCCUGGGAUCACACACAGCCCCUCCAGGCAGGAAAAGGGAGGCUCGGCGUCCAGGCCUUUGGUACGAGGCGUAAAAGGCCGAAGCAUCAGCAUGAAGGUGCCAGCUCCUGCCUGGGACAAGCAGGGGACCUUCACGACCAUGCCCCUUCGGUGGUCUUUUGGACGCAGAGAGAAACCACUUGUGGCCUCUGUCGAGUUGGUGGAGUACUUGGAGUCCCGACGGAGACCCCGAUCCACGAGCCAGUCCAUUGUGCCGCUGUUGACGGGCGCUGCUGGCGGGGACGAGAAGUCAGUGGUGCCGAGGUCGAGUGCCACUGUCUCUGCUGAGGGUAAGGACAGUGAGCGAGCCAGCGAGAGAGUGCUGGCCGGAGCGCCCUGCCCCUCGGGUCACCUCAGCCGCUGUGUAGUCCCUGGAACCUCGGAUGGUCCAAACACAGCAAGGAAGCUCAAGGAACAUGCAGGACAGGACACUAGCCUUCCCAGGCAGUUCGACCUACCUCUCACAGACGGGUCCUUGGUGGAGAAUGAGAGAGGGGCCCAGCCAAAGGACCAGAGGACCGUGAACUCAAAGGGAAGCGGCCAGCCGGGGACCAGCGGCAGAGCACCUUCCCCCAGGGAAGCUUCGAGCACUGUGAUGAGCACGGACACUCACCAAAAUUCGUCAGCCAAGGUCAGGGCUGAGGUGGAGGUAAGGGACUCGGAGACACACAGAUUCUCACAGAGGACCCUCACCUUCCUGAGGUCGGUGUUUUGGAAGAAGAACAAGAAGAAUGGCAGGGCUGAGGUGGCCCCCCAGGUGGCCCCAGCCUCCCUGGGGAGUGGCAGGCUGAGCCCGGCUGUCAAUGAGCAGCCUCCAGGCUGGUCCUCUUGCCCGAGGACAUCAGAGAACCUGGCCAAGGGCCUGGCCGGCCACCCGGAGGGCGCUGUCCGGUCUGCGCCCAGCUCGCUCCACCUCCCGCGCAAGACCAACCUGCCCCCGAGGUCCAGCGUCCUAAGCACAUCUCAGAGGAGUGCUCCUGGGGAGCAGACUUCCUUGGGCACCUUGAAAAGGGUGAAAUACCACACUCUUUCCCUAGACCGAAAGAAAACAUUACCGGAGUCCAGCUUUUGA